AUGCGCGUUUCAGUCCGACUUCUACCCGCCGCGAUGUCGGAAUUCGGCCGCAAUGCCUUGUCAACACAAUCUAUCAUAAACGGCGAAGGCGAAGAGUCAGGACAUGCGAUCAUCACUUUGGAAGACCAGGCAGACCUAGACGAUACCCCUCUGACCAUUCCAGUUGGUCAUCUAACCACCACAGGAAGCUUGUUCUCCUUGACGCCGUUACGGCCUCUACUGGGAGAGUACCCUGAGGAUUUCAUGAUGCAAAUUGAGCGCCGUCGAGUACUCAAAUUCGGAGGACGUCGCACGCAGAGUUUCGAAGAGGAGUUGUCAUUUCUGGAUCUCAGCCGCGAGUCAAACCAGGCUUUGAUAGACGCUUUCUUCUUCUACAUCUACCCCAAUUUUCCCGUCCUAACCCCUGACAUAUUUCGAUCGAUCUACGAGAAAGUAAUGGAGCAUGACUUCCGCCGUGACGCCGAGUCGGCUCUAUGCCUAGCGGUCCUGGCUCUGGGCAAGUUCGCAACAAAUUUGUCUUCCACCGGCAACACCGAAAGUCAAGACGACCUGAAUGGAAUGGAGUACUUUUCACUUGCGUAUGAAAUUGCUGUUGUGGAGUGGGGCGCAUCCCUUGGCGCGGAUGUGAUCUUGCCCUCGACGCUCGUUCACGGUGCAAUAUAUCUCUUCCAUAUGGCGAGGCCGCUACAAGCAUGGAAACUUGUGACUCUCGCAUCGUCGAAUUUGCAACUCAUCAAGGCUAGGUCUGUGAUCUCGGCAAGUCACUUCUCCUAA